AUGCGAACCGUCAAUGAAUUUGUGCAAGUCAUAACCUAUGAGGAUGGCUUCGAUCUGAGUUUUCCAGGAGAGAUAAUUUGUGGAGGUAAGUUUGAUGGAGUUGUGGAUGGUGACCAAGGGACGUGUCCUUCCGUAGGAGCUGGUGGACACAUUAGCGGGGGAGGGGAAGGCGUAUUGGUACGAAAAUAUGGCCUAGCUGCUGACAAUAUCCUUGAUGCUAAAAUUGUUAAUGCUAUUAGAGGUGGAGGAGGAGCCAGUUUUGGAGUAAUUCUCCAGUAUAGACUCCAAUUGGUAUCUGUUCCAUCAAUAGUUACUGGUUUUACAGUCAACAGAACUUUAGAACAGAAUGCAACCAAGCUUGUCCACCAGUGGCAACAAAUUGGGUACAGGCUUGAUCCAGACUUAUUCAUCAGAAUCUUUAUUAAACAGGCGAUGAGCGGUGGAAAAUUAACAGUUCAAGCUGCAUUUCAAUCUUUGUGCUUGGGAACAGUUGCCAAGCUUCUACCACUGAUCACUCCAUACCCCAAAACAUAUUACAAAGCCAAAUCAGACUACGUAGUGGAGCCAAUCCCUGAAGUUGCAUUGGAAGGGUUAUGGAAAAGAUUCUUCGAAGAAGAAGCUGAGAGAGCUCAGCUUAUCCUUUCACCAUCUGGUGGAAGGAUGUUUGAGAUAUCAGAUACUGAAAUUCCAUAUCCACACAGGGCUGGAAACAUAUACCAAUUUCAACACUUGGUGUAUCGGACUGAAGAGGAGAAUGCAAACUCUCAAAGGUACAUAGAUUGGAUCCGAAGGCUUUACAAAUACAUGGCUCCAUUUGUUUCCAAAUUUCCUAGGGGUGCGUACCUGAAUUAUAGAGAUCUGGAUUUGGGAGCUAACAGAGAAGGCAACACCAGUUUUGCACAAGCUAGUGUCUGGGGUAUGAAGUAUUUUAAGAAAAAUUUCUACAGGUUGGCCCAUGUGAAGCAGGAAGUUGAUCCAAGUAACUUUUUCAGAUAUGAGCAGAGCAUCUCUCCUUUCUUAUCCUCAUAG